AGAGCGGAGCCUAAACUCGGUCAAGACGCAGGUCCGCAUUUACACAACUUUUCACCUUAAAGACGCGUUCAGGGACAAACACCGCGGGAAUGAUCGUCUGACCCGCUCCGCUCCAAACAUGCCGGAGCGAAUCAGCAUUUCGGACUUUGUGGUCCUGACCAACGAGGACUUGUCGUCGCCGGGGACGUCAAGUUUUCAGUCCAAAAUGAGCGACUGUCGGAACACGGUUUCAGUCGUGGAGGAGUCUCUGGAGAUGGACCACACAACUCUACAGAGGAUGAGGAAGAUGAUCAAAACUAUACACACAUCUGGACUCUCCCAUGUGGACAACAAGGAGCAGUAUAUCGAGGUGCUGGAGAACCUGGGGAACAGCCACCUGACCCAGGACAACAACGAAGUCUCCACAGGCUUCCUCAACCUGGCUGUGUUCACCAGAGAGGUCACGGCCCUCUUCAAAAAUCUGGUGCAAAACCUCAACAGCAUCAUGGCGUUUCCUUUGGAAAAUGUUCUGAAGUCAGAACUCCGGGACAGCAGAUUAGAGCUCAAGAAACAGAUGGAGAAGAGCUGGAAGGAGUACGACGUAAAAAUAGGGAAGCUCGAGAAGGAGAGGAAGGAGAAGACCAGGCAGCUGGGGCUGAUCAGGACGGAGGGAUCAGACGGAGGGGAGGACAUGGAGAGGGAGAGAAGGACCUUUCAGCUGCAAAUGUGUGAGUAUCUUUUGAAGAUACAGGAGCUCAAGGUGCGUCAGGGCCCCGAUCUUCUGCAGAGCCUCAUCAAAUAUUUCCAGGCCCAGCUCAGUUUCUUUCAGGAUGGCCUGAAAGCUGCAGAGAAUCUCGCUCCAUUUAUCGAGAAGCUCGCUGCAUCAGUUCACACGGUGCGCCUGGACCAGGACGAGGAGGUAAAACAACUCACUCAGUUGAGGGAUUCUCUCAGAUUUCUACUGCAAGUGGAGGGUAAAGAGGAGUAUCUGAACAGGAAGAACUCCGGCAACGGGUAUAGCAUCCACCAACCACAGGGCAACAAGAAGUAUGGGACCGAGAAAUCGGGCUUCCUGCUCAAGAAGAGUGAUGGGAUCAGGAAGGUGUGGCAGAAGAGGAAGUGUGGAGUGAAAUUUGGCUGCCUGACCAUUUCCCACAGCACGAUCAAUCGACCGCCAGCCAAGUUGAACCUACUGACCUGUCAGGUGCGACCGAACCCAGAGGACAGGAGGACAUUUGACCUGGUCACUCAUAAUCGGACGUACCAUUUUCAGGCAGAGGACGAGCAGGAAUGUGUUAUUUGGGUGUCAGUGCUACAGAACAGUAAGGAGGAGGCCCUGAACACAGCGCUGGGAGGAGACCAGCUCCACCUCCAGGACAGCGGGCUCCAGGAACUUUCCCGAGCCAUCAUCGCCGAGCUUCGCCACAUGCCUGGCAACGAAGCCUGCGCUGACUGUGGCGCUGCAGAUCCAACAUGGCUGUCGACCAACUUGGGCAUCCUGACCUGUAUAGAGUGCUCUGGCAUCCACAGAGAGCUGGGUGUCCACUACUCCAGGAUCCAGUCACUCACUCUGGACCUGCUGAGCACCUCUGAACUUCUGUUGGCUGUCAGUAUUGGCAACACCAGAUUCAAUGACAUCAUGGAGGCGGGUCUUCCAAAUGACUCCAUCAAACCUUUGCCACAAAGUGACAUGAAUGCCAGAAAGGAGUACAUUGUGGCGAAGUACGCUGAGCGUCGGUAUGUGGUGCGGAGAGAAGAAGCGGAUCCCGGCCGGCUGUAUGACGCCGUGAAGAGUCGUGACCUCACAUCUCUUCUACAGCUCUACGCUGAGGGAGCGGACCUGGCCAAACCACUCACAGUGCCUGAUGGACAGGGGAUCAAAGAGACAGCUCUCCAUCUUGCUGUGCGUCUAGAGGAAAGAAGCUCUCUGGCACUGGUGGAUUUCCUCUGCCAAAACAGCAACUGUCUGGAGAAGAGAACAGCAGAAGGAAACACAGCUCUUCACUACAGCGUCCUGCAUCAUAAACCUGAGUCUCUCAAGUUGCUGCUCAAAGCAAAGGCAGCCCUACACACAGUGAACUCUGCAGGAGAGACGGCCCUUGACGUUGCACGGAGGCUGCAGCACACACAGUGUGUCGAGCUGUUGGAGCUGGCCCAGAGCGGAAAGUUUAACUCUCAGAUCCACGUGGAGUUCAUGUGGGAGACACAGUCGCAGGAGUUUUAUGACAGUGAGGACGACCUGGAUGAGAGGGUGAGCCCAUUACCCAAAAACCGCUCUCCUCCGUCUUCAAAUGGAGGUGGUGGGUCUGCCUUUGCCCGCUGGAGUGUGGCUAAUAGUGCCAAUGUUGGGGCGGGAAGCAGGCCUUGUCAGACAUAUGAGAAUCUAGAUUUCCUGUACAGAAAUCCUCCAGCCAACAGCGCCCCCUCUGGAGCAUCUGCGCCACCACCACUGCCAGCCAAGUGCAUCCAGAGAGGUCGCUCGGACCCCCAGAUUUCAGUCACAACACAGGAAGGCAACUCGCUUCCACGACGCUGCUCUAACCCGCCCUCCCACUCCUCCAGUCCCCAAACGCUGGCCAGACAUACCACACCUUCACCUAACACAGAAAACCAAGGACAAGGAGGGAGACCACCUAGGUCUCCCCACGGACAGGGAGGUCUGCUCAGGGGACAGAAACUGCCCUGGGAGGGGCAGCCUGGUGCUAACUCUGGGUCUCAAAGCAGCGUCACGCCGACAUCCUCUCAGAACCACAUAGGGCCUGUCAGCUCAGAGAAGACCACGUCGUAUCGUCGGACCAGCAGCGGAGGAGGCAGCCAGGGGAAGUGUGGUGUGCUGUCCCCGAGCUGCGUGGGCAGCCAGGAGGAGCUGUACUGCAGCUUGGUGGGGAGUAGUCCUGGCCUCACAGCCGCUCCCGCUCCAGCCCCGUCAUCCUCACCUACCGUGACAUGUGCCCCGCGACCCCGCAGGAACGCCAUGGUUUCUGGCAGCAGGCCACAUCAGAAGCGUGUCAAGGCUUUAGUGGACUGCAGAGCAGUGAGUUCAGAGCAGCUUGCCUUUUUCAAAGAUGAGAUCAUUGUGGUCACGGCCGCUAAUGACACCCACUGGUGGGUCGGUCACAUAGAGGGGGACCCCUGCAGGAAUGGGACCUUUCCUGUCAACUAUGUACACAAACUGACGGACUGAAGGGACGUGGAAGUAUGAAAGUACUGUAUAGUAACAUAGCAGAGGAACUGAACCAGCAUGGGAUGCUUACUGGAAAGUUAUCGUCACCACACGGUGGAUUUUAUCUACAGGAGAGGACAGUGUUGUUCUCCUGGAUCUAACUCAAACCAGUAUAUUUCCACAUGUGGAUAUACUAGCCAAAGGAUACCUGAGGAUACCUGAGGAUAUUGACAGCACUUUUUUAGGGAUUUAUACCCUUCAACAUUUAUUCGUCCUGGAAACCAACAAGGGAACUGAAGGCUUUCACAACCACAUAAAACCUCUCAUUCCAAGGACGGUGUUUUCUCCAUUGUUGGUCUAUUCUUGGUUUUUAACUGCAUCGUGUUGUCUAAAACCAAGAACCAAUAGGUACGGAUGCAUUUGUGGUUGAGGUAGAAACUGCUCUAAUGUCCAUUUAGCUAUCAUAUUGCAGAUGUUUAAGUUGUCCAUACUGGUCUAGGAUCUGCACCCAGAGGCAAAACUUACCUGCAGGGCCUCCCCCUUUAAGGCACUUUAAGCUCAUCCUCUGAAGAGCUGGCAGAGCUGUAAAUGUGUACCAAACCAGCUGCUGUACAGGGACGUAGCUGCUUUUUGUUCUGAACGGAAACUGCCUAGUCCUUUAAAUCACAGUAUACUGAGACUUGGAUUGGAGGUUGAAACCUGCUCUGUGUCUGUUGCAGCCUGCCCUGGGACUCUCAAAGGGGCUUUGUGCCUGCCAGUCUGUCUCCAACAAAGGAGGCAGGCGUCUGGGCAGCCCGAGGAGAGAUCUGAAACUUUAGCUCAGCCAUCUCGGCUCUGGGCACAGCUCAGUUGCUGCAAGGAGAGUGGAAGAUCCAGUUUCUUCUGGCUCCAAGCAUCCGUCUCUGGAGAACCUGGAAUAAUGACGGUGUGUUCUGAAGAAAGAAAAACAAAAAAGACUCUCUGUUGUACCAGGAAAUGGCUCUUAAAGAGAGCUUGUUAGGAACAGCACCCCACUGCAGUAAUUUGUUCAGUGAACACACACACUUACCGUGGACACGUGUGUAGCACCAGAUAUACACAAGCACACUUGCACUUACUUCACACACACACAGUGUAGCUUCCAGGAUUUACUGUAGGAUCCUUAAGGGAAGAGAGGAGAGUUGGUGUAACUGCUCCACUUUUUAUACUCGCAACAAACACCCAAAUGUAACACAUUUCACAGCUAUUACACACAGUUUGUUGUACAUAACUGUCUAAAAAUGUCCACUGAUGUACAGUAUAUAUCACCUGUUUCUCAUCUGUCAUGCAUUAUAAAGGAUUGUAUCAUUACAGAUAGUUCAUGUCGGUAAGCUGAUGUCCUCUGAUUUGUUGCCAUGGGUCCUCUGUUCUGUUUCAUUAGACGUCUAAAAGGCUGUCAGGGAGAGACGAGAGAGGGAAAAGACACAUUUGGAUAAUCAAUGGUCAGACAGGAGCUCGUCACAGGCAGCGAUGGGCAAAGGCAGCAGGAAGCAGGUGUUCACUUCCUUUUAAUCACUCCUGAGUUUAAACAAACUGGAAAGGAGUCUGUUUGCUUUGUCGAUGUUUCUGCCAGUAGUGUCUUGUUACGACGUUGAUUAAACAGACAAAUCAAGAGACAGGCGUGUUACCAGAUGAUUGUCGAGGAGUGGAUGACUGUAAGUAGGAACUCUGUCAAUAGUAAAUUCAUUUCAGUCAGUUUAUUUGUAACAUACACAUGAAAUGUGUUUAAUGAAGUGCCAUUUAGUUUUUAAUAGUAUAAAUGAUGUGAUAUUUCUCUGUGUCUGGUGUGAGUAGAGUGCAUUAAUGUAGCAUAAAGCUGACUGUGGACACCCAUUACAGCUGCAGAAAUCUUUACAGGAAGUCCAGCAGUUCAAAAUCCAUAGACUCAAACUCAUUUAUGAACCAUAAUUAGAUACAGGUGGAGUCUAAGACUUGCAAAACAAACCAAAAGAGGAUUAUUUAAGUUAGAAACACAUUUUAAUGCUGUGGCUCAUUGCCAGCAUACUCCCUCCUUGUGCUCACAAACUGCAGCUUUUAAAGAGACUCAUAACCUAUAAAUUAAUUUUAAAUUCUGCACAUAAAUGUGAAAAAGAGGUCAUUAAUCUCAGUGAAACAACCCCGGGAUAAAUAAGGGAUCCAAAUGUAUAUUGAAUUUUUCUUUUUCCCUUCGUUUCUGGGAUCCUCACUGCCCCCCGCCCCCCACCUCUUUCUACCCUUUAUGCCUUCCUAAAGCUAAAUCUCUCUCCAUCUAUCUUUCUUGGCAGUGUUCCCCACGGCUCUCCGUCCUUCUAGCCUCAUUUUGUCUCCGUCUGGACGUUACUUAACCCUGAUCCAGGAUGAUGAAAUUCCAACCUGUCACUUACGUAACCGGCCACCUCGCUAACAGCCGGGAUGCGAAUGCCAUGACUUAUUCAGGUCUGCCAGCUGAGUAGCCCAUAGACACACCCUUUUCCCACCAUUAGGCCCGCCUCUGUGUCCUAAUGCAUGCAGCAAGCACUUUGAGUGAAAUGUUACGUCUAAACACUCUGUGUAGUAAUGCUCUCAUCCACUUUAUGUUUAUUUCUACAUACACAAACAGGACACACAUAUAAUGGUAAUAUAUAUAAUGGUAAUCCAUGAAAUGCAGAAUAAAGCCUGCACUAAUCUCUGGAUUUAUAUGGUUCCCAGUUAGAAGAGUCCUUUAUUAUCAUUCUUUUUGUAUAAGUAUGUCAAGUUUUUUAUGCAUCAGCAUCUAUAAUCUCUUAAAAUAAAAUAUAAUAGAGGAUGUUGUAACUUUCUAAUACCCUAGAUAGUCAGAUCUGCCUGUCUAAAAGCCAUCUACAUGGAUAAUGCCUCUCAUUAAGUGAGCAACAGCAGAAACAUCGGCUGUAUGACCGCAUGUAGCAUUUUCACAGUUUGUUUCUAUCUGGCCUGCAGCAUUGUGCUACGUCUGAGAGCAGUUUUCUGCUGAUCCGCUGCUGCAAGGUGACCCCAUUUACUUCCCAGGCCUCCCACGCAACUGCAGAGCAUCUAAUAUUUAAAAAUCCCACCUGAAACCCUCCAUUAGCAGUUUCCAGCAGAAUCCCAAACAGAGACUGUAGCCUGUUUUCUCUCCAGCCUGAGACAUGAAAGAAGACGUCAACAUUUCAGUCUUGUAGUCCAUUUAUUGUAAUAAUUCAGUCUAUCUUACAAAACCUGAUAAUGCUUAAAAUGAAAUCUAUCUUUUAACAUUUUGCCAGUCUUGUACAUUGUAGCUCGGUGCUCAAGUAAAUUAUAGUGUCAAGGAAUUCAAAUACAGUAAGUGGAAGCAAAUUUAUGCAUUAAACAUAGCAGAACAUUCAGUCUUUCACUGCGCAGCACAAAGCAAAAGCCUUUUCAGAAGCAGUGAUAGUACAGUACAUUACAAAGGUUUGGGGACAACUAACUUCCAGUCCAGCUGGUGUCCAAUUACAUUUGGAAAGUGGGGUUUCUUUCUUGUGAACAGGCUCCCAUAACCAGAAAUCUGUCAGAAAUGAUUGGAAUUAAGGCUCUAAUUAUGCAAAUAGCUGAUUUGUUUCACAAUUAGAACUGAAAGCAAGUUGACUCCAAACCUUCUGUUACUAUUAAGCAUAUAAUAUUUUCUAAGUUAAAAUUUGACUUAACAUUCAUACUAGUAGUAGAAUAUGCAGCUUUCAAUCAAACAUGUCAUCAUACUGUGAAUAAAAGGUCAUAAACACCUGAUUUAAGGAAAAC